ACCCGAUUAGUACAUAUGAACAGUUAACACGCGCACACUGCGUUCAGUCGUUCGACGACCAUUGAUCAUUAUUCAACGAAGGUGCAAGUUAAAUUUAUAUCGUUAUGUUGUUUAAGUUCCAGUUACUAGCCGUAGGAAUUUUAAUAUUCCUGAACGCUUUAAAUGAUUGUAAUGGACAAUUACCGGCUAAUUCUGUAAAUAAAAUAACAGGAGCCGUUAAAAAUGCAGUGACAAACGUUCACGAUUCUUCCAUAACGAUAGCGCAAAAUAUUAAAGAUGUAUGCGAAAAGGUUGGUGAUUGUGUUAGACAAAGUGGGACCAAAGUGGUAAACAAAACUGUUACGAUAACAAAAGAAUCACUACAAAAUGGAGCCACCAUGGUGAACAAAACUAUCACAAUUACCAAAGACACACUUAAAAAAAUCCCAUACAAAUCUAUCGAAGAAAUAAUAAAAAAAGCCAAAUGUGUGAUACCCAAGAAUGCAGAUAACAUCGUUAGAGCUGCAUUACUGCAGCAGUGUAUUUCACCCAGUCUUGGUUUUGGGAACGAAUCUAGAUGUUUUGAUGAACUUGGUUGUUUUCCAAUGGAACAUCCUUGGACUUCAAAUUUAAGACCUUUUCCACAACCUAUGAAACCUGAAGAGGUAGAAGUACAAAUUUACUCAUAUUCUAGAAAACAAAAUUCUCGAUACACUGUACAAUUAUGGCCGAAUAUUUUACUUGAAGGAUCAGACUUUGAUCCCAAUAGGCCAUUCACUGUAUUUAUAGUACACGGAUUUAAUAGCGAUGGAGAAAACCAAUGGAUGUCUAGUCUUAAAGAUGCAUAUUUAAAACAACGUGAUGCAAAUAUUUUCUUAGUUGAUUGGGGAAAAGGAUCAAAGCAAUUUAAUUAUUUGCAAGUAGCUUCAAACACAAGGAUUGUCGGCGCAGAAUUAAUUAGGUUUGGAAAAUAUCUCAUUGAUAAUUAUCAACUAGACCCACUGAAAGUUCACCUAAUGGGUCAUAGUUUGGGUGCUCAUAUAUCCUCAUAUUUUGGUAAAGGCAUCCCCGGUUUCAGUCGAAUAACAGCAUUUGACCCAGCUCAACCAGGAUUUGAAGGUUGUCCGAAAGAAGUACGAUUAGAUAAAUCAGACGCUCAUUUUGUUGACGUUAUACAUACAAGCUGUAGACCCACAGUUCCAUUUUUAGGUUUUGGACUUAUCACUCCCGUAGGUCAUGUGGACAUUUAUAUGAAUGGAGGUUUCAUACAACCUGGAUGUACUCUACCUCCAAUAAAUGAAGUAAAAUUAACGAGUAUUGCAGAUUUAGCUGCUGUUCCUGCUGAUGUACUAGGGACCUGGGUUGCUUGCUCACACGGAAGAUCGUUUUCGUAUUUCAUAGAAUCAUUAGAAGACAAUUGUACAUUCUGGGCUCAGAAAUUAACAUUAUUUUCUGCUAUUACAAAUGCUGCAAGUGUCGGCCAACUUCAGCCUCUUAUGAUGAAUAUCGACAAAUGUAAAUUUAAUGAAUGUGUACCAUUAGGUUUAAAUACUGAUCUAUAUCCAGGUAGAGGUAUUUUUUCUGCAGGGACUGCAUUUUUUGAACCAUAUUGUAGGAGCAAUUUAGAAACGGAUCGGUUUAUGCGGAAGGAAUUUAAAAGGAUGAAAUGAAAACUUGAAAUAUAUCAUAUAACACAGGUAAAAUUGGGUACGUUAUCAGUGGCAUAUCAUUAUUUUAUAGAAAUCACUCAGUGUUGUAUCCAAUUUUCAACACAGUAUAAACACAAUUUUAAACA